CUCCAAUGCUGUUCACGCUUCUUCUCGAAGCCAUCCCUCCGAAGCAGGAACACCAUCUUUGCCCUGGGCACCUGUGGUGCUGUCAUCUCACCGGCCGAGCUGGAGGCCCCGAUCCUAGUGCCCCAUACUGCCCAACGUGGAGAGCAGAGGUAUCCGUUCGAAGCGCUCUUCUGAAGCCAGCACUAAGCUCCCAAUUCUUGCCGUGAAUAUCUUUUCAUCUGUGAAUUUUUCAUCGUGUCUGGCCCGGCUGCACAUGACCUGUUCCACGCCGUCAUGGGCCGCACGCUCUCCAUGACACUGAAACACCUGGAGUCCUACUUGGCUCUGACACACCAGGCACGGGUUUUUCUCUGUAUCCACAUUGUUCUCCGGUUCCGCAACAUUGCAGCGAAGAGGGACGUCCCUGCCCUGGACAGGUACUGGGAGCAGGCGCUUGCCUUGCUGUGGCCUCGGUUUGAGCUGAUCCUGGAGAUGAAUGUCCAGAGUGUCCACAGCACUGACCCCCAGCGCCUUGGGGGACUGGACACUUGGCCUCAGUAUGGGGCACUGACCCAGCUGAUCCAGCUCUACCAUGGCUUCCACCGGGUGCUGUCCCAGCCCCAGCUCCGUGCACUCCCGGCCAGGGCUGAGCUCAUCAACAUCCAUCACCUCAUGGUGGAGCUGAAGAAACACAAGCCGAACUCCUGA